AGUCUAUCCACUUGCCCUGGAGCGGGUCUGGAUUGUACGCCAUAGUUGACUUUAGCAUGGACAUAACGCGGCCAAAGACUGGCUUUUCGCCUUUCGACGUGCUUCCUUCGCAUGCCUUUCAUUCAGGUACGUCACCCGCGGGCCACUUUGGAGGUGGAGCAGGUAGGGAGCUUGGACCCACUACCCCGUCUGCCAGCAAUUUGCGGCUACAGGCUAUUCGCUCGACAGCUCCCAAGGAUUUAGCGCUCGCAUCCCCCUCGGUUGCCUCGACAGGUACACCUUGCCUUUGCGGAGGGGAGGGGGAUCAUGUUCCUUCUAUCCUGGUCGCGCCGCUGCCAAUGCGCUUUCGCUCGGUGUUUUGCAGCACAGUGAGCGCAUAUCUUUGCUUUUGACCCAACUGCCAACUCCACGCCCUCGACGGAGCUAUCUCCUAGCGGCAUGAUGAUACCAAAGAGAGCUUUCGGGCUCGUAUUCUGCCUGCUUUUAGCUACAGGCCUCAUACUCUUCUCACGCACUCUUGGCCAUUCGCUCGCAGAGUACUUCUUUGGACCGCAUGGCCCGGUUAUUCCGUACACCACGCAUAUCGUGCUGUUCCAAUUCAAAGACGGCACAAGCAAAUUCGCUGUCAAAGAGGUGGUUGCGCAAUUCUUCGGACUGAAGAAGGCAUGCAUACAUCCAACUACGCUGAGGCCAUACAUUGUAUCGAUUUCGGGUGGGAAAGAUAUCUCGACUGAAAAUCUGCAGAACGGCAUCACCCACGCUUUCGUCCUGCAGUUUCAUUCCAUCGAAGAUCGUGACUACUACGUUGAUGAUGACCCUGUUCACAAAGCUUUCAAGGAGGCGGCAAGUACGGCACUGGAGAAGGCAAUUGUUGUCGACUAUCAGAAUGGAGUAUUUACGAGUGUGUGAUGAUAUGAAUAGUAGCUCGAGAAUUACUCUUCGUGAUGGUGGGAAAGACGGCGAUCAGCCUACCAACAUUGUUAUCAGCUGGUGCGUGUCGGUAGCACUUGGAAUCGAAGAAAGAAAAGACAGAUUUGCGAUUAAAGUUGAUAAUAGAAUAUCGAAGCCACCAAACUCAAGUGCAGUCCAACC